GUAAAGUACCUGUUGUUCAGGUAAAGUAAAACUUCCUGUCUGGUCCAAAGACUCUUCUUUAAGAGUCCUCUUUGCCUGUCCUCAUCUCGACUUAGGGCAGGACCAGAGUCAGACACAACAGCAGGUGUGAAGAUCAUGUUUUGCAGAGAGAAGUUCUGUUGCUGGUUCCGGAUAAGCCUGUUUCCUCUGUGCUGCUCUGGAGCACAAGGCUUUCUGUUGAGAUGAAUCACAUUCCCAGGCCUGGAAUCCGUUUCAGUCCCUCCAUGAUCCACUGUGGAAUAACACGUCUUGGGGGCAGAACAUCCCAAACCCACUCCUUUGUUCUGAGUCACGAGCCGCGAAGCGCCUGGAACGGAUCUGAGGUCAGCAGAACCUGAGACUUCGUCCUGAGAGGCGGAUUAAAGGUCAGAGCAGCAGGACAAAGACUCAGCUGAGACAGCAAAAUGUCAUCUGGACAAGUUAACCUUUAACUGUAUGAGGAGGCAGAACCUGUUGACAGAACCACAACCAGAACCUCUUUCUGCUUCAGAGUCGAAAGAUUUCAAAAUCAGCAUCUGGGAUCCGAGUCGCUCCUGGUUCAGUGGGUCCACCUCUGGUUCUGGAAACCAACUGGCUGUGGAGGUGCAGAGGUCUCCAGCGCCCUGGUUCCUAGGAUAUAGGCAGGCGGCUGAAAUGUCUUACUGCAGGGCUUUUCAAUGUGUGGGGGAUGCCCCCAGGGGCAACAGGGCUCUUUGUAGGGAAAAAAACUAUGAGCGUUUACCUAAUUUCACCAAGACUAUGCUGGACACUAAAUGUGCAGGUUUUUAGUAUCUAAAGCUACAGUGAGUGAGGAAGCAGAGUCUGGGUCAAGCAAAAAUGAAAACAAGGAAGUAUAACCAGAAAUAUUUACAGAAAAUCUUUGGGGACCCCCUGAUAAUCUUAAAUAUUUUCAUUUGCAAAUCUUUGGGUGUUUGGAUCAGCUAUUUCAAUUUGAUAUAUCAAAUAACUGAUGGGCACAGUGGUAUUUCAGUAUUAACAUGAGGGUUAGUGGACUAACAGAAAAUAUGCCAUAUCAUUUAAACAAAAUUUGAUAGGGUGCAGAAAUGUAGGCACCCUUGUUAUGUUGUUGAUUUUAAUGUUUUAUCUACUUAUCACUCAUUUAUUGGAACAAAAAUUGAUUUGGAAAGCUCAUUAAGAUUUGAACUUCAUAGACAGGUGUAUACAAUCAUGAGAAAAAGUACUUAAGGUGGCCAGUUGUUCUCCUCUUUGCAUCUCCUGUGAAGACUGUCAAAACAAAUGUCACAUGACCUGAAAACAAAGAUCAACACUAUGAUUUAGAGGAAGGAUGCAAAAAGUAAUUGCUGUCAGUUUCCACUGUAAGGAUUAAGACCACUGGCACCGUUCUAGUUAAGCUCAGAUGUGGCAGGUCAAGAAAAAUAUCAGAGGCAGAGAAGAAGAAUGGUAAGAACAGGCCACAGACAUACGACCUCAUCUUGCUGCAGAUGGUGUCACUGUGCAUCGUUCAUCAAUUCAGUGCAUUUUGAACAAGAAGAGGCUGCGAGGGAGAGUGAUGUGGCAGAAGCCUUUUCUGCAAGCACGCCACAACCAAGCCAGCUACAUUUUGGGAUAAGGUGCUGCAGACGGAUGCAUGGCGCCAGAAACACAGCAUUCCAAAAACACUUGCUGCCCACUGUAAAAUUAGGUGGAGCUCCCAUCAUGCUUUGGAGCUGUGUAGUCAAUGCCAGAACUGGGAAUCUUGUUAAAGUUGAGAGACACAUGAAUUCCACUCAAUACCAGCAGAUUAUUGAGAAUAAUGUUCAAGAAUCAGUUACAAAGUUAUGCUGGUGAUGGAUAUUUUAACCAGACAAUGAUCCAAAUCCACUCAGGCAUUCAUGCAGAGGAACAAAAACUGUUGUGCAGAGGCCAUCCCAGACAGAAUAUCAUCUCCAUCUGUGGGAUAAUUUGAAGCGGGCUGUCCAUGCUGGGCGGCAUUCAAACCCAACUGAAGUGAAAUUUAGUAAGGAGGAAUGGUCCAAAGUGAACAGGAAGAAUCUAGAGGCAGUUAUUUUUGCAAAGGAGCGUCUACUAAAUAUUAAUGUGAUUUUUCUGUUGAGGUACCCCUCAAAUCUUUUCUUCAUGCUUGUUGCACAUUUUCUAUUGAAUCCAAUAAACUUCAUUGUCCUGGUGGAAUAUAACUGAAAUAGCUGACCCAAACACUUUUGAAAAUGAAAAUAUUUAAGACUUUAAAGUAUUACUUUUUCAUAAGACUGUAAAUUCAGGCUAAUCAGCAGAAGCAGGAGAACCCCCAUAGGCCUGUUGGGCCGCUGUGGUCCAAUCAGAGCAGGCCGCCUUCAUGUGACCAGAACCAGCCAACCAGUGUAACAGCAGAACUUGGUGGAGUUUUUCCUUCCACCAACAUCCAAUAAUCAAACCCACAUAGUUUUUGGGAUUUCACUUCCAGAAUGAGUUUAAUUACGUAGUGAAAGAGUCGAGCUGAGCUGAUAAUCAGCUGACAGCGAGGCGCUGCAGCAGCAGGUGGAACUAACAGGCUCCUGCUGCCCUACUUAUCCUGCUUACUAAUGCUGCAUAAGCUCUCUAAUGCUGCCUCACACACUCUCUGACACACACACACACACACUUCUGUGACACAGCUAGCUCCUUCCAGCUCUGGAGCCAAAGCAUGAAGACAUGAAUCUGUGACAAAUCAGGUCCGCAGCCAGCGAGGCCGAGACAGCAGCCAACCGUAGGCCAGCCGGACGGAGAGGUAAAGGAAGAAAAUGUCAUGGAUGUUCUGUCUGCUGCUGUGGCAGCUUGUUCUCAGAGUUUCCUGCCAUGUUGCUACAGGUAAGAACAUUUACUACAUCGUUAGUCAUGGGUGUUGCUUCAGUACAUCAACUGCUGGUUCUGUUUGGUCCUUAGCUAGUCUGUGUACGGCUGGCUCCAACAUCUUUGCGUCUGUCAGGGAGAACAGUCCAGUGGGUCAGUUCAUCUCACACAUCAGCAUCAGAUCUGACCCAAGAGCCAACACCGUGCGUCUGUGCCUGACCGGACCGAAUGCCAACUGGUUCUACUUAGAAGGUCGAACCAUCAGACUCAACUCGUCUGCAUCCAGAGUCCUGGACCGAGAGGUUCUGGGUCCGUUUCUGAUCGCCGAGCUCACCUGUUAUGAGGACGAUAUCAAACAAAGCCACUACAGGAUUCUCGUGGAGAUUCUGAAUGAAAAUGACAACAAACCAAAGUUCCUGGAGGAGACCAUCCAACCGUUCAUCAUCAGCGAGGUUGCAGCAGUAAACUCUGUGGUUUUCACUGUGAAGGCUGUCGACUCAGAUGGAGAUAUGAUCAGCUACAUCAUCGACCAAUCCUCGGAAGAUGCAUGGUUCUUCAGGAUCGACUUGCCCAACAGUGGGAAAGUGGUGCUGAGCAAACCUCUGGACUAUGAAAGCAGAACUCGGCUACAGAUCAUCAUGUGGGCCCAGGAAUCAAACACUGAGGAGAAGUUCAACAUCUCCACUGUCCUCACCAUCAACAUUGAGGAUGUUGACGACCAGUAUCCUCACUUCCUGCCCUGCACACCUGUGUCCCCAGGAGUCCCGAUCUGCAUGAACCCAAUCUACACAGCCAACAUCACACAAAAACACCAGGACUCGGUUCUGGAGUUUUCUCCUGGUCCAAUCAGAGCCAGGGAUGGCGAUCGAGGCAUCAAUGCUCCUCUCAUGUAUACGAUCCUGUCAGGUGACAAUCAUGACAGGUUUGUGAUGGACAACAGGACAGGUGAGAUCAGGCUAACCAGAGCUGUAGACGAGCGUCAGCCAGGAGCAAACUUCACGCUCAUCGUCAUGGUGUGUCAGGUAGAGGACCGGUUAAAGUACAGCGUGGCCACAGUUGUGGUCAGGGUUCUCAGUGAGAACUCCUUCCCGCCAGUCUUUAACACAACCACCUUCAAAGGCUUCAUCAUCCAGAGCUCAAGCCCCGCCUCCAUCGUUUCCACCUAUGGGAACCAGGUGUUGCAGGUCCAGGUAUCUGACCAGGAUUUCUCUGAUGGAGUGAACCCAAACAUCCGGUUCUUCCUCCAUCCGCCAUCCCGACUGUACCAGGUGACCCAGGAGGGGGUUCUGAUCGCCCGGACGGACCAGCUGAGGGCCUUUGACAGACACAUUCUGCAGGUUGUUGCCAGGGAUGAAGAAUCAGGAGAAGAAGCUUCAGCUUCAGUGGACAUUGAAGUCCUGCAACGAGGACAGGCAGUGCCUCAUGGUGCGUUCACAGAGCAACAGCUAUUUGGGGAUGUGGACAGCAGGUUGGCAGGAGGAAUCGCAGCGCUGAUUCUGCUGACAUUUCUGUCAGCCUUCCUGUUUCUGCUGCUUCGAUUCGUGCGAAGGCGCCGGCCGCAGGAAGCUGAUGUCCUGCCAGCCACCACAACCUUACAGCACCAUAAGGUGAGUUCCAGGUCUCCAGGCUUCAUGGACGAGGCUCUCCGUCGCCAAGCCUCCUUGCGGUCAGGCAGCUUCCACGGCAGACAGGGUCUCUACAUCCGUAGGCAGUCUCUUCCUCCUCCAACUUCCUCCUCCUCAGCAGCAGACAGCAGGUCCAGACCUCAGUCUCCAUCCUCGGAGGUCUCUCUCAGCGAUCCGGCAGGCCGCUGCCGCUUCCAGACGGAUAUGUUCGUCGUGGUAGAGAAACCUGCAGGUGUGGCGUCCGGCUGGGCGAGGUCACCUGACGUCACUGCAGGCCUGCAGGUCCAUGCUGGGAUGCCCCAGAGUGACGAGGACAUUAACAUUGACCAAUCAAAGGAGGACACUUGAAAGAUUGUUCCAGUCAAUCACAGAUUAAGACUGCCUGGGACACGCAAUGUGUGAUUGAUGGGCAGAUUUAAACUCAUACUCUCUUUGUUUUUAGUACUUUGAAUGAAAAAUGCCUUCAGAAAUUACUUAUGAAUAAAAACAUGUUUAAUUUAUGUGUAAAAAAACAUUGUGGUACAAAAACAGGAAGAUUUUCCCCUGAGACUUUAACUGUACCUGCAGUAGUGAGCAGAGCGACCACCAGGGGACCCAAGCGAGCUGGCUCUGUGCCCUGCAUCCUGAGGUGGAGACAAACGCAAAUAACAGAAUGAAAUCCUGUUUCCUUUUUCCAUCUGUAUGGUUCUGAUUGGAUCUUCUGAGAAGUUCUGCUGAUUAAAUCUCCCUGGUGACACUAGGAACCAAAGGUCUGGCCCUCGUUUCAGAUGGGAAUAAAAACAUCAGUUGAACUCCAAA